AUGAGGGUGUUUUCCAUCGUAGCUAUGAUAUGCACAGCCGCUGCCGUGAUUCUAUCCAUGCUUUCUCUCUUCGCGGGAUGGCAGCCAAACUUCAUUGAAGACGCCGAUAUCAUGGUGCUGGACAUCUCCAAGCUGCUGCGGAACCAGACUGCGCAAGAAACCGCAAUCACCUACGAGCAAAGCGGCAACAUCGGCGCCAGUGGGACGAUGCUCGCGGACAGCAACGAGUGGUACAGCGUCCACAUGAUGAACUACUGCUUCGGCAACUACACUUCAGGAAGCUCUCGCAGCCUGUCAGGCUGCUCCAAGAGCACCGCCUUCUUCUCGAUCAACCCGAUCUCGCUCGCCAGCUCGAAGUCAGCCGGGCCGUUCGAGGUCUCGUUCUCGCAGACCAUCACGGACGUCGGCGGCAAGAUCGAGAACGCGUACCAAGCCGUCUUCUUCUUCCUCUGCACGGGCAUCGCAGCAACGGGGCUCUGCUUCAUCUUCGGGACGAUCGUGGCGAUUGUCGACGCGAGCCGGUUCACGCACGGCACGCGGGUCUCGCUGGUGAACCUCGUGCUAUCAGGGGUAAAGUCCUCCCAUGCGCCCUGCACCAAGGAUGUGUUCACGGCAUUUCUCGGGCUCGGGCUGUCCUGCGGCGUCGUCACGGGCGUGCUUGUCGAGACGGUGGAAAAGGUCAACGGUCUGGGCGCCGACGUUGGCAUCUCGGCGGCCCGCGGCGACAAGUUCCUCUGGAUGGCGUGGUCCUCGGCCGCGCUGAUGCUGGUCGUCACGGUAGUGUGGUUCAUGGACUACUACGUCGAACGCAAACUGGUUCUGCGCGAGAUCGAGCAGAUGUACGCCGCCGGGGCGUUUGGGCGCAAUGCCGGGCUGAGGAGACAGUCGAUCAUGGGGCCCGAGAUGGGGAGGGAUGUGUCCCCGGCGACGGCGAAAUACCAUAAGAAAUUUGUCACCGAGGUUGCGAAGGAUGCCUUGGCGCAUGCUGCUGGCGCUGCUGUGUUUGGCGGCGUGAGUAAGGUGGUUUAG